UGGCGUGUUGUUGAAACCAGCUUCACCAAAGUUCCUAAAAGCAGCAAGAGAGAGAAACAGAACCGAAUAAUAAGUUACAAUACAAAACCAAAGAGUGCAAAUAAAUAAAUUCAUUAUUUCGCCAUUUUCACUCAUCUCACAAUCACAACAACAAAAUUUAGAUGAACAAUUUUCACCUUAGGUUUUUGUUUUGAAAUUAUCUGAAUGAUUCGAGGUUGAUGGAACGAGAGUUAAUUUGUUCAACUUUGUUGAUGGAUCUAGAUUAGUGAAUCUGCGAAGAUUGAAGAAUAGUUUGUAUAUACAUAUUAUUUAUCCGCAGAAAAGAUUCAAAAUGAGUUGGAACCCGCAUAUGGAAGUCCAUUACAAUAACAUCAGCUAUCCCUAUAAUACGGCAGGAAGUUUUAUCGAAUAUUUUGAAGGCCUCACCUAUGAACAUGUUAACUUCAUUUUUUCGGGUGCAUCACAUGCUCAGGAGAGUCCGUACCCUUCAAAUUCAAACUUUUACAAGUUUGGACUAUCGGAACCUGAGAAUACUUCAUACUACCGCUACAAUCAUGGUUAUGAGGUAAAUCAUCAUGAACCACUAAUGGAUGAGUAUAGGAGGCCUUUAGAAAACUCCUCAACAAUCAGUGAACAGACCCUGGCUGGAAGCACAGAAUGGGGUGAAGAUGGAGACGCUGAUGCACAAGACAAUUCUAUUGAAUGCCCACGAAGACAUCAUAGUAAUUCCAAUGAUUCUCAGGUCAUUUGGCAAGACAAUAUUGACCCCGACAACAUGACCUAUGAGGAAUUACUUGAACUAGGUGAGGCCGUUGGAACUCAAAGCCGUGGUCUCACCCAAGAACAGAUCUCCUUGCUUCCAGUUUCGAAGUUCAAGUGUGGGUUCUUCUUGAGGAAGAAGUCAAGGAAUGAACGAUGUGUGAUUUGCCAGAUGGAAUAUAAAAGGGGGGACAAGAGGAUCACUCUGCCAUGUAAACAUCUAUAUCAUGCUAAUUGUGGGAACAAAUGGCUUAGCAUUAAUAAGGCAUGCCCUAUAUGUUACACAGAAGUAUUCGCCGACAAAUCAAAACAAAAAUAACGGACCAGAGCGUGUAACUGGCAGAUGUUUCUGUUUCUUCUCAAGGUUGGGGUUUUUUUCAUAGAAAUACACUUAUUUGUCUUUCUCAUAGCAAGAUAAACAAUUUGGUUGGGUUUAGUUGAAAUACAUAGAGUAGUAUCCCAAAGCUUUAUAAAGUAUAUGGAUAUGCAUCAUGGUUGUGUUGGAGAGGCUGGAUUAUGGUUUGUUUUUAUUUUAUUUUUCUUUUAUACAGUGUGUUAUGAAUUAUGAUUUCACGCACUUAUUAUCACCAGCUGCUGAUACAGUGUUUGUGUUAGAGAGCCUGGAAUAUGAAAUAUGAAUUCAUAAUUUUUACUAAA